ACAAACUCCUUAAAAAUGGAUGAAAUUAAGCUAUUUGGGACAUGGUCUAGUCCCUUUAGUUGCAGAGUGGAGUGGGCUCUGAAACUAAAGGGCAUAAAUUAUGAGUACAUAGAAGAAAAUAUCUACAACAAAAGUGCUCUGCUAUUACAAUAUAACCCGGUUCACAAAUUGAUCCCGGUUCUGGUGCAUAGGGGCAAGCCAAUUUGUGAGUCAAUGGUUAUAGUUGAGUACUUGGAUGAGACAUGGCCUGACCACCCGUUGCUGCCCACUGACCCUUAUGAGCGAGCCACUGCCAGAUUCUGGGUCGAUUUCAUUGGAACUGAUAAGAUUCCUAUAUGGAAAGUAUUCUGCACAAGUGGUGAAGAGCAAGAGAAGGCAGUGAAAGAAUGUUCGAAAAUGCUAACAAUUUUAGAAGAAGAAGCUCUAGGGAAGGAGAAUAAGAAAUUUUUUGGUGGAGAAAAAAUAGGUAUUGUGGAUAUUGCCUGUGGUGUGUGUUCUCUAUGGUUAGAAUUGAUAGAAGAAGUGGCUGGAAUUCAAAUUCUCCAACCUCACAAUUUUCCAAAUUUGCAUCAAUGGACUAUUAAUUUCAUGGAAGAACCAAGCAUUAAAGAAAAGCUUCCUGAUCGUGAGAAGUUGCUGAAUUUAUUUAAAAAUCUAAGGCCAAAAAUGUUAGAAGCAUCUAUCUCUAGUGGUUGAUGUGGGAGAAUUCUGAAAUAUAUGUUUGUGUUUUUAUAUAUGUUUGAUCAUCAAUAAAAUAAAUAAAUUACAGUGUUGUUACGAUA